AUGGCCGACCUCUCCGCCCUCGCCGACCCCACGGCGGAGGGAUUGCCCAUCGACGCCAACGACCACGAAGAAGACGUCACUGACGCCAACGGUGAUGAUGGUGACAAUGACAAUGACGGCGAUAAUGAUAAUGAUGUUGCACCUUCCUCAUACAAAGUCGUCUGUGAAGCUGCACCCCCUGAGCGACGCUUCCCUUCAUUCGAAGCGGCCAUAGAAUUUGGUAAUCAGUGGUCGCGAGAGAAUGGCUUCGACCUUGUCCGAAUCAACAAGGGCAAGCAAGGUCGCAACCCUCAAGGCGUCACUUACAAGUUCUUGUGGGAGUGCAAGCGUCAUGGAAAGCCUGCAAACACUCGCAAGCUGACCCCUGACCGUCGACAGCGCGCUGCCAGAGGGUCCGUAAGAAUUGGCUGUCGCAUGCGCAUCGUCCUCGUCGCUGUCGAACCCCAAGUGCCUCAAGGUGAAUGGCAAAUCAGACAUUGCGGUCGCAACGGCCAUAACCAUGGCCCAGACAAUGCAGAGUCUUUCCCUGCUGUCCGUCGCCGCACACGCACUCACGAGAUGGACGUCUUCAUGGCCACUCAAUUGCGUCAAGGCCUGUCAAGGUCAGAAACGCUGCAGCUCGUUCGCCAGCAUUGGCCUGAUGCGCUCGUCACUCGUCAAGACAUUGGCAACUUUGCGAAAACUUUUGCUCAAAAGAUUGGCUCUUCCAGACUGACCCCUGAAGCGACCCCUGACAAUUCCCCCAUGCCGCCGGUGCCUUCUGCUUCUGCAAACGUUGGUCCCAGUGCACCGCUCAAUCCUCAACAUGCUCAGCUUCAACAUCCUCAAGCUCAGCAAUCUCUGUCUCAUGCCCACCAACACCCCAUGCAACCACUCGGCAUGCCCGUCCAGCAGUCAAAUCAUGACGCCACUCGAGCUGCAUACCAAGCUGGCUAUCAGGCUGCUGUUGAGCAACAUCGCAUCAACAACGAUCUCAAUCAUCGUGUUCAGGCUCUUGAGAGCUCAGUCCAAGUUCAGGACCGCAUCGCAUCACUUGAACAGACUGUCAACAAUCUGACGCAACUCAUCAUGAGUGCUUACAUGCCUCAUAUUCAGCAUCCGCAGUCUUGA